UUCCCCUCAUUAAGGCAAAUAUUACGGUCCUGUCAACUUUCCCUCAGUGUUCCUCCGUCAAGGAAAUCAGCUGAUCGCAUUUUCUUGGUGGUUAAGAUUCAGACUUCUUUCGAGAGGUUUCGUUAGCCAUCAGAAGCCCUUAGGAGCCGUAGCAUAAUAUUUAGGAUACAAGGAAUUCUCGUACCAGUACCACGGACUCCCCGGUUACCUUCCUGAGAGCGUCUUCGAAACUAUGUCAACACUGCUAAAGAAAACACUGCUGAAGUUCGCUGCUCUGUAAGAUGACCAGACCUCUUGCAUACAGCUGUGUAAAGAAAGAGAGAGCUUGAAGAAACUCCGCGAGCUUCCAGCACACCUGUCUCCACACAACCCCACUCCUAUGCAAUGCACUUAACAAGAAACAUAGUGAAUGGUUUCCGAUAUCAGGUAGCAGUGAACAUAGAGGGUCAGCGCGUGUUGGCAGAGGUAGUGAAAUGGAUGUACAAGGGAGGAAAUCAAAAUGUCAAAGUAUAUUCUCAAAGUCUUGGUCUUUCUAAUAAGAAAUACAAAGAUAUUUUUAAUGCCAGGCAGCGGAAGAUUCUAGAUACUGUGGUCAGUUCUACUUUAGAUACGGACAAUGCCUUUAGGGAAUAUGACAUAUCUCUUCUCUAUAGCAUUCUUCAGAACUUUUGCGGGUUGAAAAGACGUAACUCCCCAGUUUGGACUUCACAAGCACUGGGGGAGAGCCUGGAAUAUCUCAUCUACAUCCUGAAAGAGGAACGGAAUGAGGAUGCACACAAGAAGGACCUCCAGCAAAUGUCAGACACGAAAGUAAAAAAAAAGCUGGAAUGGUUGAAGCACCUGUUGUGGAAGAUUCUCUCAAAGGCCUGCAUUGUUACAGGGAAGCAUCCUCGCAAUGCCCACAGAUUGAAGCAAACAGUCAACGAUAACUUUAAACAACUGCUAACAAAAGUUCGAGAGCCGUUAGAUCCUACCGAUUUGGCCUUAUUGCCGCAACUCCAAGACGAAAUUAGAGUUUUCCAUGAAACCAUCCGGGAAAGAGUAAAAAAAGACAGUUGCCAAGAGUUGCAGGACCUUUACCCUCGUCUGUGGGAUGUGACUCUUGCUCCUUGGCUGUUCCCAGAACUGAAAAUGCGUCCAAGUUUAAGCUGUACCAAUUUGAUAAUUAAAGAGGACAUGAUAUGGUCCUUGGCUUCUGAAGAACCUCGAAUCAUAUCUCAGAAGGAGCUCCUCCAAGUGAAGCGUAGAGAUGAUAGCUUGCCUGAUGUGUUAAUCAUUUCAGGUCCAGGAGGCAUGGGCAAAACCACCCUCUUCAAAUUCAUGAUCGAAAGCUGGGUAGAAGACUCUUCACAAAUCACAGGACUCGAAAAGGUUUCACAUCUGAUGUACUUCCCAUUUCGAGGCUCUAACACCUGCUGCUUGAGGGACAUGCUAAAGAAUUUGCUUCCAAAGACCUUUCAGGAAUCAGGAGUCAAGAUAGAAUACUUUCAGGAACUCUUCUCAACAUUUUUUCCAGUUUUCCUUCUGGAUGGCUAUGAUGAGGCGAAUGAAGAGUCAAAAAAACUUGUUGUUGAUCUUCUGAACAUCAAUAUGAAUAUGCGUUUAAUCAUAACAACAAGACCAGGUUAUGCAAAGGAACUAACUCAGAUCAUACAGAAUAAGAAGAGUGUACUGAAUGUAGAAAUGAAAGGUAUUAGCAAGGAAAAGUGUGAUACAUUUGUUGAAAAUGCACUAUCUGAAAUUAUUGAGGAUCCUUAUCGCAGAGGCCGAAUGAAAAACAACAUUCUCACCAAUCUCGACAACUUAAAUCUGGAAAAGAAUGUAUUGAAUGUCCCAUUAACUAUGAAAUUACUAAUCGUACGUGAAAUCCUGACUCCUGACCAGAGUUCGACUGACAUCUACGAAGACUUGACUAAGCUCAUGAUGGGUAAGACUGAGGAGAGGCUAAUAAUAAAAGGCACCAUAGACGUUGAAGAUAAAAUCAAAGAAUAUCAUGAGUUUCAAAAGGAAGUUGCUCUUCGUGGUCUGAAAAGAUGUGAACAUGACCUCUGGCCAGAAACAGUUGAAGAACUGAAAGCAAAAUGCAAAAACCUGAAUCUUCCUUAUAAGGAAAUGUUAGGUGGAUUUCUCACCUCAAAGAGAUCGCGACAAGGGUUGUCAAUCGUUCAGACAUGGUCUUUCCCACACAAUAGAUUCCAAGAACACUGGGCAGCCGAUUAUGUUGCUACAAAGUUCUUGACUGUCACUAAUACGCUGUUUCUUGAUGAAAAUGAAAUUCCAUCCAUUGAGGAAAUCACAGAGCUUAAUCCAGAUAAAAAUCCUCUUUUGGAAAUAUACUUCAGUGGAGCCGAAGAGGCAAAGAAGCUGUUAUGCAAAGGAAACAAACAAAGGAAUUUGCUGAUCGACAUUUCCUGUAAAGCUCUCCAUCUUUUACCCUCGACAAAGAAGUCUCUCCUGAAGAAAUUCAUUGUUGCAGUCGUCUCUCUUCUCUUGUACAGUGAAGGCAUACAUGCAACAGAAACAAAAUGUGACAGAAUGUGCCAGUUCCUACGAGCAUCAGGUAAUUUGCCAAGCGUGAUAGAGGUCUGCGGCCAAAUCCUGCAAUGGUACAACGUGUGGGAAGUCCACGUGAGAUUCUUGGAGGAAGUAGUGAUUCUCAAGGACUUCCUCGAGUCUCGCCGCAUCCUUAUCAGAAUGGAGGAAGGUUUUGAGGAAGUGUGUUUUUACCAGCUGGAAUCUUAUCUGAGGGAAUUCGUCCAAGGGAGCGUCGAGAUUGUAAAAGGAGACUCUAGCGGCAUGGGGACUUGAUCACUAAUACUUGGUGUGGUGUUUUUGAUUUGGAUAUUUGCCCAAAUUUGUGACUUAUGUCAGUAAAGAAUAAAGGGAUAUGUAACAGACUGAUUCAUAUUGUGCUAACACAUGGGUAGUGAGUUACCUGGCAAUUGACAGGAUAUUGGAAAUAUGUAAUUAGAGAAUUGCAAAUAUACAUUUUAAAAUA